GACGCGGCGCUCAGCGUGGAGGCGCUGCUCGACCUGCUGCUUGGCGUGUGCGGGGAGUGUGGCCGCGACGCGCCGCUGCGCCGGGACCGCUACGUCUCCGACUUCCUCGAGUGGGCAAGACCAUUUACACAGUUGGUGAAGGAAAUGCAACUUCAUCGGGAUGACUUUGAAAUUAUAAAAGUAAUUGGAAGAGGUGCUUUUGGUGAGGUUGCAGUUGUUAAAAUGAAGUGCACAGAGCGCAUUUAUGCCAUGAAAAUUCUCAAUAAAUGGGAAAUGCUUAAAAGAGCAGAGACAGCUUGUUUCCGAGAAGAGAGAAAUGUUUUGGUGAAUGGAGACUGUCAAUGGAUUACUACAUUGCACUAUGCCUUUCAAGAUGAGAACUAUCUGUACUUAGUAAUGGACUACUAUGUGGGUGGUGAUUUGCUGACACUUCUCAGUAAGUUUGAAGACAGACUUCCAGAAGAUAUGGCCAGGUUCUACAUUGGUGAAAUGGUGCUUGCUAUACAUUCCAUACAUGAGCUACAUUAUGUGCACAGGGACAUAAAGCCUGACAAUGUUCUUUUGGACAUGAAUGGUCAUAUACGGCUGGCAGACUUUGGAUCCUGUUUGAAGAUGAGUGAAGAUGGCACUGUACAGUCUUCAGUGGCAGUGGGUACACCUGACUACAUCUCCCCAGAGAUACUGCAAGCGAUGGAGGAUGGGAUGGGCAAAUAUGGACCAGAAUGUGACUGGUGGUCUUUAGGUGUCUGCAUGUAUGAAAUGCUGUAUGGAGAAACUCCCUUUUAUGCUGAAUCCUUAGUGGAAACCUAUGGGAAGAUUAUGAAUCAUGAAGAACGAUUUCAGUUUCCAUCCCAUGUUACAGAUGUGUCUGAAGAAGCAAAAGACCUUAUUCAGCGGCUUAUUUGCAGUCGGGAACGUAGACUAGGACAGAAUGGAAUUGAGGAUUUCAAGUCGCAUGCAUUUUUUGAGGGACUCAAUUGGGAUAAUAUCCGGAACCUAGAAGCACCUUAUAUUCCAGAAGUUAGCAGUCCUUCUGACACAUCCAACUUCGAUGUAGAUGAUGAUGUGUUAAGGAAUCCAGAAGUGGUGCCACCAACUUCUCAUACUGGGUUCUCUGGAUUACAUUUACCCUUUGUGGGGUUUACAUACACAACUGACAGCUGUUUAUCUGACAGAGGCUCAUUAAGAAGUGUAAUGCAGUCCAGUGCGGUAACCAAAGAUAAAGAUGUGCAACGCGACUUAGAGAGCAGCUCGCAAAUAGAAGCUUAUGAAAAGAGGAUACGAAAACUGGAGCAAGAGAAACAGGAUUUGAACAGAAAACUGCAAGAAUCUACACAAACUGUGCAGUCCCUUCAUACUCCAGCUCGUGUUACAGUACAUGCAAACUGUGAUAAAGAAAUCAAAAAGUUAAAUGAAGAAAUUGAGCGCUUGAAGAACAAAAUAGCAGAUUCCAGUAAGCUAGAACGGCAGCUUGCAGAUGCAGUGGCACUUCGCCAAGAACAUGAAGACUCCAUACACAGAGUAAAAGGACUUGAAAAGCAGUGCAGAAUACAAAGACAGGAGAAGGAGGACCUUCAUAAGCAACUUGUGGAAGCUUCAGAAAGAUUAAAGGCACAAUCAAAAGAGUUGAAGGAUGCUCAUCAGCAAAGAAAGCUAGCCAUGCAGGAGUUCUCAGAGCUCAAUGAAAGGAUGGUAGACUUGCGCUCUCAGAAACAGAAGGUCUCCCGACAGCUUCGUGAUAAAGAGGAAGAGGUGGAAGUGAUCAUGCAGAAAAUUGAUUCUAUGCGACAGGAAAUUCGUAAAUCUGAGAAAGCCAGAAAAGAGCUGGAAGCUCAACUUGAAGAAGUUGUAGCAGAAGCAUCAAAAGAACGCAAGCUCCGUGAGCACAGUGAGCUCUUCUCCAAGCAGCUGGAAAAUGAGCUUGAAACAUUAAAGGUGAAGCAAGGAGGCCGGGCAGCAGGAGCUACAUUAGAACAUCAACAAGAGCUUUCCAAAAUGAAGUCGGAGCUUGAGAAGAAAAUCUUAUUUUAUGAAGAGGAGCUAGUCAGGAGAGAGGCAUCUCAUGUCUUAGAAGUAAAAAACGUGAAAAAGGAAGUGCAUGAUUCAGAGAGCCAUCAGCUAGCUCUUCAGAAAGAGAUCAUGAUGUUAAAAGAUAAACUGGAGAAAGCAAAGCGAGAGAGGCACAGUGAGAUGGAGGAGGCUGUAGGAACAAUAAAAGAGAAAUAUGACCGGGAAAGAGGCAUGCUCUUAGACGAUAACAAAAAGCUGACAACUGAAAAUGAAAGGCUUUGUUCCUUUGUGGAUAAAUUAACAGCACAAAACAGGCAGCUAGAAGAUGAGCUCCAAGACCUGGCAGCGAAGAAAGAGUCGGUUGCCCACUGGGAAGCUCAGAUUGCAGAAAUUAUUCAGUGGGUAAGUGAUGAGAAGGAUGCCCGUGGAUACCUUCAGGCAUUGGCUUCCAAGAUGACAGAAGAACUAGAAUCGCUGCGAAGCUCCAGUCUGGGAUCAAGAACAUUAGAUCCACUUUGGAAAGUGCGGCGCAGCCAGAAGCUGGAUAUGUCAGCCAGGCUGGAACUGCAGUCUGCUCUUGAUGCAGAAAUACGUGCCAAGCAACUAGUUCAAGAAGAGCUACGAAAGGUUAAAGAUGCAAACAUAUCGUUUGAGAGUAAAUUGAAGGAAUCUGAAAAAAUAAAUCGGGAGCUGUUUGAAGAGAUAGAAGUCUUAAAGAAAAAACUGGAAGAAAAGUACAGAACGGAUACAGGUCUCAAACUUCCCGAUUUCCAAGAUUCAAUAUUUGAAUAUUUCAACACCUCACCCCUUCCACGUGAUCUGACUUUUAGAGAUUCUGUUUCUUCUUCAUCUACAUCCUCUCUGCUAGCCUUUUGGGAAGAAACGAGUUCUGUUAGUGAGCAAGAAGCACAAGGUCCCAAACCAGAAGUCUCACCAUCUAGUUCUGUCAUGACUGCUGAGCAGCAACAAGAAUUUCUUGUGAUUCAGGAAUCAAUUCGGCUUCAGAGGAUGCCUGCCGCUCCCUCCCCCACCAUUCAGUCCAUUUCUCUAGCUGUACCAAAGCCUAAAGCUCACCAACUCAACAUCAAGUCCUUCACAAGCCCUACUCAGUGCAGUCACUGCACGUCUCUUAUGGUGGGAUUAGUUCGACAAGGCUAUGCCUGUGACGUGUGUUCCUUCGCAUGCCAUGUUUCUUGCAAGGACAGCGCACCUCAAGUCUGUCCUAUACCCCCUGAGCAAGCCAAAAGGCCUCUUGGAGUAGAUGUUCAAAGAGGGAUAGGAACUGCCUAUAAGGGUUAUGUCAAGGUUCCAAAGCCUACUGGAGUUAAGAAAGGGUGGCAGAGGGCCUAUGCAGUUGUGUGCGACUGCAAACUCUUUCUGUAUGAUGUGCCUGAAGGAAAAUCCACCCAGCCUGGAGUUGUUGCAAGUCAAGUCUUGGAUCUCAGAGAUGAAGAUUUUUGUGUGAGCUCUGUCUUGGCAUCAGACGUAAUACAUGCCACCCGUAAAGACAUCCCUUGUAUAUUCAGGGUGACGGCUUCUCUCUUGGGCUCACCUUCAAAGACCUGUUCUUUACUGAUCCUGACAGAAAAUGAGAAUGAAAAGAGAAAAUGGGUAGGAAUCCUGGAAGGGCUGCAAUCUAUCCUGCACAAAAACAGACUUAAAAACCAAGUUGUACAUAUUCCACAAGAAGCCUAUGACAGUACGCUGCCACUCAUUAAAACAAGCUUAGCUGCUGCUAUUUUAGAUCGAGACAGAAUAGCAAUUGGUUCAGAAGAAGGACUGUAUGUGAUAGAGGUUACCCGUGAUGUGAUAGUCCGAGCUGCUGACUGUAAGAAGGUGUACCAGAUAGAGCCUGUGCCCAAAGAGAAAAUUAUCGUCCUCGUCUGUGGUCGGAACCAUCACGUUCACUUAUACCCCUGGGCCUCCCUGGAUGGAUCAGAAGGCAACUUUGAUAUCAAACUUCCAGAAACUAAAGGCUGCCAGUUUAUUACAACUGGAACACUGAAGAAAAGUUCUUCCGUUUGCUUGUUUGUGGCAGUCAAACGACAGGUUCUUUGCUAUGAAACUCACAGAACUAAACCUUUCCACAAAAAAUUCAGUGAAAUUCAGGCUCCAGGAACCGUACAGUGGAUGUCAGUGUUCAAGGACAAGCUCUGUGUUGGCUACCAGUCUGGGUUCUCUCUGUUGAACAUCCAGGGAGACGGACAGUCUAUAAACCUGGUAAAUCCUAAUGACCCCUCGCUUAUGUUCCUCUCACAGCAGUCUUUUGAUGCCCUUUGUGCUGUGGAACUCAGUAAUGAGGAAUACCUGCUUUGCUUCAGCCAUAUGGGAUUGUACGUCGAUUCACAAGGUCGAAGGUCACGCAUGCAGGAACUAAUGUGGCCUGCAACUCCUGUUGCCUGUAGUUGCAACUCUUCAUACAUAACAGUGUAUAGUGAAUACGGCAUUGAUGUCUUCGAUGUUAACACUAUGGAGUGGGUUCAGACUAUUGGCCUUAGAAGAAUCAGACCACUAAAUGUGGAGGGCACACUGAAUCUCCUGAACUGUGAGCCGCCGCGACUAAUAUAUUUCAAGAAUAAGUUCUCAGCAGGAGCAGUCCUCAGUGUGCCAGAAACUUCUGAUAACAGCAAAAAGCAAAUGCUUCGAACUAGAAGUAAAAGGAGAUUUGUCUUUAAGGUUCCUGAAGAAGAGAGACUGCAACAAAGGCGAGAAAUGCUUAGAGAUCCUGAGUUAAGGUCAAAAAUGAUUUCCAACCCGACCAAUUUCAACCACGUGGCUCAUAUGGGACCAGGAGAUGGAAUGCAAGUUCUCAUGGAUCUCCCACUGAGCGUCUUACCUCCUGCGCAAGAUGAGAAAGCAUGUCCCCCUGCAGCUAACCUCUCACGGCAGCAGCAGAAAAGCAAAACCUACAUUUCAUGGCCCUCAUCAAGUGGCAGCGAUGUGGGAGGAGUCAUGCCUUUGCGCAGUAUGUCCGAUCCUGACCAGGAGUUUGACAAAGAGCCUGAUUCAGACUCCACCAAACACUCUACUCCCUCUAACAGCUCAAACCCAAGCGGUCCCCCAAGUCCCAAUUCUCCGCAUAGGAAUCAGCUGACACUAGAUGGAUUGGAUCAGUCAACCUGUGACGCGUAACACUACAACUCCCACCAGUUCCGACUUUGAUCAUCUGCUACUCCACGGAGUAUUCCAGAACGGGGCCAAGCUGUCUCAGAUGCUAGUGCCAAGGCUGAUGCUGAAUCUCUAGUGUUGCACAAGAAAUAAUUAUUACGUCCAGAUUGUAGAUACAAAAUAUUGAAAUGAAGAAAAACCCUUGACUACAAUAUAGGGAUCAGGCUUUUUAUGCAGAAUUGUUCACUGUUCAGUCAUGGUUGAUUCCUUUCUGCACAGCGAUGAUGCAGUUACUUUGCAUAGAAGCAUUGACAGCCACCAGUAAAUAGUCUUAUUCUUAUGCUGAAAAAGAAAUAGAGAAGAGAUGCUGAUAGUGUUAUUAUUAAGCAGUAUCAGGAAUAUUAUUUUUCUAUAGAAUGAUGUAAUGUCUCAUUAGCAGGAAAUCCUUUUAGACAAAAUUUGGAUCUCUGAAUAGGAAAUACAAGCAGGUUUAGUUGCAUCCUCAGAUGACUAUACUUUUCCCUUUUUCCCAUAACUGUUUGUUCCCUAAGCCUUUAGGAGAAUGGUAGGAAGCUGUAGGUUGUUUCCAACAUCAGUAAAACCAUCAGGAAGUCAAAGGAAAGUUGGUUAUAGUAUUGUGGCCUUUUAAUUCAUUUAGCCAUUACAUAUUCAGCUACACAACUGUCUAUCUUUCUACCCAGUUAUAAGUCUUGUACAUAGGACUGUAACCAAUAACAUUUUGCCCUUACCCCGCUUUUUAGCCCCUGCCCCAGUCACGAUCAUUAGUCAGGGCUUUUAAAACAUCAGUGAUUACUGCUGUGAAAACGGAUUUUACUCCUAGUUCCUGCUCUCCUCUUCUGAGAAGUUUUCUCUUGGUUUUUCAGUGUAAAGAUACACUACUUUUUUCUUUUAUUUUUUUUUUUUAGCUAGCAAGCGUUCUUGUGGGAACACUACCCUUGAAGUCUGCUUGAAUUAAGGGAUUGUAUCAUACUAAAACACCAGUCUUGUAUUGGUAACCAAAGUGGAACGUGAAGGACGUGUAAACGAGGGUGCUGCUUUUUUUCAUUAAUUGUAUCCUCACCUGCAUGAAGACCCCAUGAUUAUUAAUCACAUAUUGAUCAUGUAGAAAAAUGCACAACACACUCCUGUAUAUUUUGCUAUGGCCCACGUGCAGUGGUGAUGUUUUGCGUGUAUAUUUAAUCUCAUGCUUCCAUGUAUUAUACAUUUAGUAAUCAAGGAUUUGUGACCACGUUUCAUGAAAAGCUUGUAAUUAUUUCAGUGGCUGGCAUAUCCAGUUUGUCAUUGUCACACUAGUGUGCCUUCUGUGCCAAUUCUAUGACAGUUGGAUGUCACUUAUUUAAAAUUUGGUUUAAAUGGGCAAAUGAUAUACCGAUGGCUAAUGUUCUUUUCUGAAACACUGUAUAGGACGUGCACUUACUUAGUUUAAACUGAGUGUUCUAGUCAACAUUUAAUCCUGUUUCAUUAAGUGUUUGACAGUACUUGCUUUCUCUCAGAUUAUCGAUAAAGGGUGCUCACUUAGAGCUGGACACUACUGCUUUGGGGGUUUUCUGGUUUUUACUUUUUUAAUGUAAGUCUAAGUCUUUGUAAUUAUUGAAUUGUGAGAACAUUUUUGAACAAUUUACCUGUCAAUAAAGCGGAGGAGGGAGGUUUUAAAGUUCAUACUGGUCUGUCUUGACAUGUACAAAUGCUUUUACCAGGUUCAUUUCAUAAUAAACUCACCGUGUUUAGUUGAAGCA